GAAGUUUCCCUGUUCAGUUGAAGAUUGCUAUGGUGUAACUGAAGUUGUAUUUCUCCCCCCACCUCCCCACUCCCUUUCAUGUUCAGUGAGAGCAGUAGUGUAGAUUUGAUAGAAAUUGCCAUUCUCCCGUUCCUUGGACUAUCUGCACCUGUAGAGGAUACCACAGCAAUGCUGGACUGCAGCGACUACGUUCUAGACUCAAGAAUGAACAAUCCGUCAGAAACCAGUAAACCAUCGAUGGAGAGUGGGGACGGGAACACAGGCACGCAAACAAACGGCCUGGACUUUCAAAAGCAGCCUGUGCCUGUCGGAGGAGCAAUCUCUACAGCCCAGGCCCAGGCCUUCCUUGGGCACCUUCAUCAGGUCCAGCUCGCUGGAACAAGUUUACAGGCUGCUGCUCAGUCCUUAAAUGUACAGUCUAAAUCUAAUGAAGAAUCUGGGGACUCUCAGCAGCCAAGCCAGCCUUCCCAGCAGCCUUCAGUGCAGGCGGCCAUACCCCAGACCCAGCUCAUGCUGGCCGGAGGACAGAUCACCGGGGUAAGAGUUACCCAGGGAUGCUGCAGUCCCACACAGCUCACGUUGACGCCAGCCCAGCAACAGUUAUUGCUCCAACAGGCGCAGGCGCAGUUGCUGGCGGCUGCAGUGCAGCACUCAGCCAGCCAGCAGCACAGCGCUGCUGGUGCCACCAUCUCGGCCUCUGCUGCGACGCCGAUGACGCAGAUCCCUCUAUCUCAGCCAAUACAGAUUGCACAGGAUUUGCAGCACUUGCAGCAGCUUCAGCAGCAGAAUCUCAACCUGCAACAGUUUGUGUUGGUGCAUCCAACAACCAACUUGCAGCCAGCACAGUUCAUCAUCUCACAAACGCCGCAGGGGCAGCAGGGUCUCCUGCAAGCGCAGAAUCUCUUAACGCAACUACCUCAGCAAAGCCAAGCCAACCUCCUGCAGUCUCAGCCAAGCAUCACCCUUGCCUCGCAGCCAGCAACCCCAACACGCACAAUAGCAGCGACCCCCAUUCAGUCACUUCCACAGAGCCAGUCAACACCAAAGCGAAUCGACACUCCCAGCUUGGAGGAGCCCAGUGACCUUGAGGAGCUUGAGCAGUUUGCCAAGACUUUCAAACAAAGACGGAUCAAACUUGGAUUCACUCAGGGUGAUGUUGGGCUCGCUAUGGGCAAACUCUAUGGAAAUGACUUCAGCCAAACUACCAUCUCUCGCUUUGAAGCCUUGAACCUCAGCUUUAAGAACAUGUGCAAGUUAAAGCCACUUCUGGAAAAGUGGCUCAAUGAUGCAGAAAACCUCUCAUCUGAUUCAACUCUCUCCAGCCCAAGUGCCCUGAAUUCUCCAGGGCAAGGGAUCGAAGGCUUGAACCGUAGGAGGAAGAAACGCACCAGCAUAGAGACCAACAUACGUGUGGCCUUAGAGAAGAGUUUCCUGGAGAACCAAAAGCCUACCUCGGAUGAGAUCGCCAUGAUAGCUGACCAGCUAAACAUGGAGAAGGAGGUGAUCCGCGUUUGGUUCUGUAACCGGCGCCAGAAGGAGAAAAGGAUCAACCCACCCAGCAGUGGUGGAACCAGCAGCUCGCCCAUCAAAGCAAUUUUCCCUUGUCCAACCUCACUGGUGGCAACCACGCCAAGCCUUGUGACUAGCAGUGCAGCUACAACCCUGACUGUCAACCCCGUGCUCCCUCUGGCCAGUCCUGCUGUCACCAGUCUGUCAGUCACAGGCACAACAGAAACCACCUCCAACAACACGGCAACAGUGAUUUCAACAGCACCUCCGGCUUCUUCAGCAGUGACAUCACCCGCCCCGAGCCCUUCCCCUUCUGCCUCAGCCUCCACUUCCGAGGCCUCCAGUGCCAGUGAGACCAGCACAACACAGACAACCUCCACCCCCUUGUCCUCCCCUCUCGGGACCAGCCAGGUGAUGGUAACGGCAUCAGGGUUGCAAACGGCGGCAGCGGCCGCCUUACAAGGAGCUGCACAGUUGCCUGCAAAUGCAAGUCUUGCUGCCAUGGCUGCUGCAGCAGGGCUAAACCCAGGCUUGAUGGCAUCCUCGCAGUUUGCAGCUGGAGGUGCCUUACUCAGUCUCAAUCCAGGGACAUUAGGUGGUGCUCUCAGCCCGGCCCUGAUGAGCAACAGUACACUGGCAACUAUUCAAGCUCUUGCAUCCGGUGGCUCUCUUCCAAUAACAUCACUGGAUGCAACUGGAAACUUGGUGUUUGCCAAUGCUGGAGGUACCCCUAACAUCGUCACUGCCCCUCUGUUCCUGAACCCUCAGAACCUUUCUCUGCUCACCAGCAACCCAGUUAGCUUGGUCUCUGCAGCUGCAGCCUCCGCAGGGGCCUCUGGACCAGUCGCCAGCCUUCACGCCACCUCCACCUCAGCCGAGUCCAUCCAGAACUCUCUCCUCACAGUGGCCUCUGCCAGCGGGGCCACGUCCACCACCACUACUGCCUCCAAGGCACAGUGAGCCGGGCUGGGCUCUGCUCCAGCAGCCUGGGUCACUGUGCGCUGGGAUCGGCUGCCAGCCCGGUCGAUGGACUGAAAAUGCCAUGGGCAUCCUCUCACCGUGUUGCUGGGGACAAGAGAGAGAGAGAGAGAAAGAGAGAGAGAGAGAAGGAAAAAUAUUUAAAAAAAACAAAACAAAACAAAAAAAAAACCAAAAAAAAAGGAGAAAAAAAAAAAACAAAAGCAAAACAGGAAGGAUUUAAAGCUGGGACAGACAUUUGCCUAAUUUUAUAAUAAACACUGUCUUUUCAGGAUCGCUUCAUGGAUCGGAGAACUUUCUAACCAAAAAUGUAAAAAAAAAAAAAAAAAAACCACAAAAAAACUAAAAACCGCAAAAACACAAAAAAAGUGAAAGGACUACUUAUCAUUUCCAGCAGUCACAAUGACAAGUUAAGGUGGGUUAUCAGUUCAAACAUAGGAAGGGGAUUUCUUGGUUUUUUUGGUCUAAAUAUCUUUCUUUUUUAAUUAUCAUUUUAUAGGUCUGUUGUACAGGCCAUUAUGUCAUACAAGGUGUUUAUAAUCGUAUCAAUCAUGUUGGGGGUUCCUUUCUUAACUGGUACAAUUUAGGCAGGCCUGUAUUACUGGUGUAUCUCUAUUAUUAUUAUUAUGAUUAUUAUUAUUAUUAUUUUUAUAUAUAUAGUUUGGACGCGUUUGUCUUUUGCUCCUGGAUUAUUUUCAGCGAGCUCCCACACCAUGGGGGGAGGGUGGGGGGGUGGAGAGGAAGAAUGGAGCACAAAUAGACUUUCUAUCCUAAUCUUCUGGAAAUGUUCUGAACAGUUUCCUCAUCCUUGAAUUUGUCUAAUGCCUACCUGUAGGGAUCAGAAGAAUUUAUAUUCAUCAUUUGUGCAGGAAGCUCAGUGCAGCAGCAGAGAUCAUUGUGUGCAAACUUCCAUGCUGGUCUCUGCUUGGUAAGCAGAGGUAGGAAUUUACUCCAAACUGCCGUUCUUCUCCUCUUAAAUAUUUAGACAGAACAGCCAAAUUCUGCUCUUAGCCUUGUGUGCUUGGUUCCUUUUACUCCAGAGAGCAGGAUGUGACCUCCCGAGUGUGGAUUGUGUGACAAUACUGAUGGCUCUUCUGUUCCAUAGAUUUCAUUUUGCUGUGCAAAAGCACACACAAAUAUUUAAAGACCAUCAUGACCCAGGCUAAUUGGCAGCAUGUAAAGCAGCAUCUAGAGUUCUAGACACCCUCUAGGUGAGUUGGUACCAGAUUUCAGAAGGUCACAUUCUCCCCAUUCAUAGCAAUAUUCCUUUUCUGAUGCUUCCAACACUAUUUAGAAGAGCUUCCUAGUAAAACAAAAAGUGCUUCUGGCUGCAAAAGACAGGAGCCAGGACUAUGGGAACAGAAGGUGCCAUUGUUAAUGCCAACACAACAGAGCCACUCUGGGGCCUUGCACACCCCGGGCUGAUCUCGUGUGGUCUCUGAGCUGCAGGGUGAGCGCAGCUAUCGGCGCCUCUGGCCAGCGCCUGGCACUGCAACUCACUCUUUAAGGGUGAUUCUGAUCUGUGGAGUGAAGGAUAUUUUUGUGGAUGAGGAAAGGAGUAAUGAACUGUACAGAAGUUAGAUCCGUAUAUUCUUAAAUAUACAAUCCAGUGUCUGAACCAAAAAAGAAAAAAGAUUUUUAAAGAGAGAAGACUGGAUCGCUGCAAUGCAGUUCACGUUAAACUUUCCAUUCCUGAUGGAUUUAAAGGUUUCUGCCAUGUGUACAAAACUAAAUUACUUUUAGCUAGUAAGGGUAUUAGAAGAGUCCCUUUCCCACCUACCCCCUUUUCUUUUGUCACCAGAGUGUCCUAAACUAAUGAGCUGAUGCAGCUAUGUUCGUUUUGUUGAUGAUUCAGGGGGAUCCUGGAGCUUCUCAUCCAAGAUCCGGAAGGCAGCAACUUUAAACUCCACACAUGGUCUGGUCUGUGGCCUGAGCAUGUGGGAGUUGUGUUUGCACUCAAGUGGCAGAACCCCUUAUCUCUCCCCCCACCACCAUGGUUUUGCUCUGUUCAUCUCUAACUCUCCACCUUCCUGUUUUACUGAUAUUUAAACCAAUUACCCCUAAAACUUCAGAACUAGUGAACUGCAAGCAGGGAAACUAACAAAUGUCCGUCCACCGUUUCUUAUGUGUUUUUGAUUUUUUUAUGUUUUAUUUUUUUAAAACUAAGCUUGAACCAAAGUCAAUUUCUAGCAAGCUGCUGUACUAAUGGACUAGUUUGUGUAAGUGCAGUUCAGAUGCAGAGAGGCGAUAGAUGCUACUGACAAUUUCUUUUUCAUUUGUCUUUUGUUUUUAUUAAUUUUAUAUAAAAGUUGCUGCUUGUUUUUAAUCUUUUUUUUUUUUUUUGGUUGGUAAUUUGUGUUAUCCUUGGGGCAGACUCUUAACUUGAUUUUAAUUUGUUUUCUUUUAUUUGAUGUGUAAAUAGAAUGGCAAUGUCAGAGGAUUGUUAUCCAAGAGGUCCCACCUUUAUCCCCCCAGUAUGGAUGAAUCUCUGUAUUUUUGAUACGUCUCUACGUCUUCAGGCUGUGCAGGAGACUUUUAGGGCUAUGAAUAAUACUGCAAAAAUGGCAAUGGCCCACAGCAAAAGCUUCAGAGCAGCAACAGAUACAGCUGGGUGAGCUUCAGGGAGGUAGGGAAAAAGUAGAAGAGAAGAUGCUGGUACCCACUGUGCUGGUCUGGAGGCCACAGCACGGUCUGUAGUUUCUACCAAAGGAAUGCAAGUCCUUGGACUUGUUUUGGGUGAAGUAAGAGGAUGGGGAAAACCGCAGCUGUAGCGUUUGUUCCUGACUCUGAAAGUCCCUGCUUACUUUCACGCCUGUGCAAAAGUACAAUUAAUCAGGAAGCUUUUUUUGUUGGGGGGAGACCACCGGGCUCGUCUUGGAUGGAUUCCCUCCUCCCAAGGGUUUUGUGGUGGGUGGGGGGUGUGGUCCUUGCAGAUAUCUAGGAAACACAAAGAAAGGUGGGCCUUAAAUCAGUGGAAAAUCCUCUCUCCACAGUUCCAGGAGACUGUGCCAUUAGCUGUCUGAAUGAGUUUUCAUGUCCCAUUCUUGCUGGUUUGUGGUUGGGAGAGGGUCUUGUUGAGUACAUAUCUGGAACACUAAUGCAGCUUGGAUGGUUUAUUUAUUAUAAAAAUCUGCUUUUUUUCCUGACUACCUUUGCAUUGGUCACAUGGCUUUGGUGUGAGCACCUUAUACCCCUUUCUUUACCCUCCUCUUCUCUACCCCAUCACCCUAUCUGGGGCCCAGAUUCCAGGGAAUUUCUUAGCGAUUUUUUUUCUGAGAGAAACUGGAAACUCAGAGUAGCCACAUAUCCAAAAAAGCUUGGUUUUGUUUGCAGAAACUGACAUAAUACCCAAACAGCACAUAUCCAUGGCAUCCAUUGCCAAUGUGCUCUGAUUCAUUGUCCCCUAAAACAUCCCUGUGACUGGCUGACUGUUGUUCCUGCAGCCUACCUUUCAUCCCUAUCGGUGUUUUUCCUCAUGGAUGCUGGCUACCUCCAGUGUUUAGGUGAAAGACAGAAAUCAGACUGGCAGUGGAUGUACGUCUGCCAAGUUAGAGUGCAUGUGCUCCUUCAGAGAAUGAAAAGAGUAUGAAAUCAUGUACCAGAAUUUAGCAGAAGUUUCUUUUUUAAAUCAUCAUUGUGCUGGCAGCAGAAAUUGAUGCAUCUGAAAAGAAACAAUAACAAUUGUGUACAGAUCCAGUAAAUAUGAUCACAGAAAGUUUGGUGGUGUGUUGGAAAAGGAUAAUAGCAUCUCUUUUUCAGAUUUCCAUGUCUCUGUAUUUAAAGGUGAGAGGGUUGCUUUUCAUAGUUGCAAGCAUGUCACAGUACCCAGGCAAGAAAAGAUACGGUGAAAGCUCUCCCUGCAGACAGGGAUAGUUCAAAAAGCAAGAGAUUUCCAGGAAAACAAACACAGAUAUGCCCAGAAGGUCAGAAACAAUUUAGAGAAUGGCUUCAGGAGUUGGUCUUGUAGCUUGGUGCUGACAUUUUUUUCUGAUCUUAAGAAAAACGUGUUUUGCUUUAGCACACUUUGGCUUUAGCACACUUGGUCACCUUAGAACCCACUCUCCACAGUCACCGUGGAAGGAUUCACAAACAGCCCAAAGAAAGUACACACAGCCAGGUGUGGCUGCUUCCACUUGUUACAUCUGCUUAGAUUUCCUCCAGAGCAUUUAUUUUGUUUCUGAGUCACUGUACAACACCUGUUAGUUGAAGUAUGUUUUUAUCAAUCGCUGUGAGGUGGUGUGGAUGUGACAUCUUUUAGAACUGUGACCUAAUGUUCAAAUGCCACCUCUGUAAGCCUCACACGGGGUGCUUUGGUACAUUUCUGUAGCUGAGUUAGUGAAGGACACAGGAGAAUUAAUUCCUUAACUCUGUGCACAUUCCUGCAAAGCAGCGUUCCUUAAAACGGGAAUUCCCUCUUUUUUUGUUGUUGUUGCAAAUGGAGCAGCACAACUAUUACAGCUGGAGCCAUACCACAGAUACUAAACCAAAGCAACAUCUAAUUUACCUUAAAUAUUAAUUCAUAUUUUCUUAGAUAAAGACAUAUAUAAAGAUACAAAAUUAUCUUAAAGAGACAGGUAGCUUCUCAUGGUCAUUAGAGUGUUUUAGGAGGGAUAAAAUAAUGCAUGGUCCAAACUUUCAAUCAUACUUGGUUUUAAACUGGAAGUUUAAAGUGUAGAUGUUUUUAUUGCCACAUUCACUUUACAAAGUGUCACUAUUCCCUGUUCCUGUUCUACCUGAAAUGGUUAAAUGCUUUUUCUCCACACCCUGUACCCCAGCAGGGCCUGUGUGUCCCUGUUGGAUGAUGCCUAGGGUGGAGUAUUACCAAAGGAAUAAGCUGGCCUGCUGCUCCCCACUGCAUUUAUGGCUGUCAGUUCUCACACAGCCAACUCUAAUCCCUUUCUAUUUUUGCAACCAGGACAUCUGCCCUCUCCCUCCCAAAGUACUAUAGCAAUAUAGAAUUCAAGAUACUUACCUUGCACAAGUUCUGCCCUUCUCACUCAUUAAAUCUCUUGUUGCUGCUUGUGAGUUUCUCUCUUCUUUCCAGAGGGGACUCCCCUAAAAUACUUUAAAGAUAUUUGACAGGAUAUUUUUGUCAAAAAGCUGUUGGCUCACAAUUCACAGUUUCUUAGGUUCAUAUCUUUGUCUCCACGUUGUGAGUGGUACCUGGUUCCCUCUGUGUCAGUGCAAGGAAUUUCAGUGCUUUUGGAACGAUGAAAAGCAAUUCCUCUAUUUGCAUAUCUUCACACAUGGACAUAGUAAUGCACAGAAAAAAACCCUUGAUUUUUUUCAACUUAUCUACCUGCAUUUGAUCUGUCUGCCACUUCUCCCAGGAUACUUCAAGUGCAGACAUGCUCUGUAUUUUUACCCCUGUUGGGAUGCUGUUAGAAGGGCGUUAGGGAGAUUGCACUGAAAUGACAAGUAGUUUAACUGUGGGAGAAAAGACAUCUUUUACUCACGUGGACAAAUAAGGUCAGCAUGUAGAACCUAUCAGGUACUUAUUUUCUGACCAAAUUCCUUAACAUGAAGCAGCUACUGAGCUUUGUCUUGGGGCUGCUUUUGGGUCCAUCAGUGGUGCCCUGCUAAGAACCGUCCAUAACUGGAAUAAUCUGGGCCCCCUUUCUCCCUCCUUGUCUCCAUCCCUCUGCCUCUUUCCCUCCUUGCUCCUUCCCCCUCUUCCCUCAGCGAAAGGUAGCACCAUACAGCUCUGAGAACAAUACUUGUGGGUAGCAGCUGGCUUCUGGCACCUUCAUAAAAUACCUCAGCAUAGCUUAGCAUUGUCGCAGAACUGGUUUUAAACUGAAAAAAUCAGAAGAGAAAAGCAAACUUUAUAAAUAGUGGAGAUAAUUCUAGCUGUAGAGUUUAGUUGAACUGAUGGUUUAUUAUGAUUGAUAAACAUGAUUAUGCUGUAUGUAUUUGAGAUCCUGUUUAUAGGUUACAACUUUAUAGGGUCGGGUGGGGGUGGGUGGAUGUUGAGGGCAGAGAAGGGGGUUUGACUGUGUUAGAAGGAAAAUGUUUGCUCAUAAAUUUUUUUCCUUGUAUCUGUCUUGCCAAAGGAAAACAUUUUGUCGCUCCUGGGUUUGGGAUUGUUGUUUGGUUGGUUUAUCUGUGGUCUAAUCUGCAGCACAGCACGUGGUGGCAUGCAGGUUACUGAUGGGGUUGCUGUUCAGGGUCCUUUCGAGUGUGCGCACACUUCCCUCCCUCUCGGCCUUUCCUUGUCCCUCGCUGGGAUCUGAAGAUGAGGCAGCAAAUAUCGGGGAGGCUCGAGGGAGAGAUGGCUGUACUGGGCUGGGAUCGACCUCGGGGCUGGAAAUCCAUUUUGGUUGAGUUGAGUUGCUCCAGAGCUGAACUGGGUCCGCUGUGUUUAACUCCAGGGAGGGACAAGAAUGGUUGUCGCAUCUUAAUCUAUCUGGGAGAGCAAAAGUGAAACAGGUUCCUUUUAUCCCCCUUGUCUUGUUACUGAAUGUAGGGCUUGUAGUGCUUGAUAAUAGGUGGAAAACUUUUUAAACACUUCCUUUUCUAAUAGCAAUGCUAAUCCUGUCUAGACCAAAAACUAUGAAAGAAAAAACCAAACUGAGAGAGGUGAAAGCUAACCUACUCCUAACACCUGGCUGGUCUGCCUGAAAGGGUUGAAAUACUGUGAGAAGGUUGUGGGAGAGGAGCUUUGAGGCGUUGUUGGCGAGGGACCAGGCCGUUCUCCUGGCCGAUGUCUCGGUGUUGCGGUGGCAGUAGCAGAAGAGCGAGUGGUUCUUGCCUUGGGAGGGUGUUGCAGCCAGCUCCGUGCGGGCUCCAAGGCUCCCUGCCCGUUUCCCCCGGGCUGCUGGAGCCGGGGAGGAGGGCAGGGUGUGCGUGGGUGGGUGUGUGUGCGAGUGCGUGUGAGCGCCGGCUGCGCGCGGGAGCGAGAGCUGCGUUUCUAAAGGAGCUCCACUCCACUGGGGAGGGAGAAUUCCCAGUGGCCUCGUAGGGAACCAAAGGCACUGAUAAGUUGUCAGCUCUGCUGUUCUCAGAGCGGGUAAGAGGAAAAGCUGGGUGGGGGUUUUUUGAGCUUUGGGUCAGUGUCCCUUCCUCUAAGGACCUCAUCUCUUGCGGGUACUCCCACCUUUUCUGCAUGGAGUUGCAUCGGCUCUGUGAAGACAAACGGUGUCUGGGGUUUGCCCAGUGCUGCAGGUCUUAGGCUGAUGUUGGGAUACAGUCAGGGAAAACUGUUUCUUUCCUUCAAAUGUGGAAGCAGUGUAGUCCAAGGUCAGAGUCUGUUCAACGGCUUUUGCAGAUGGUCUUUCUCUUAAGGGAGGGACCUUGAAGACUCCUUUCUUUGCUCCCCAAAGUAGCCUUGUACAUGUUCAUGUAUCGUGCUAUUGGGCUGAGCUGUUUUAUCAGUGAACUUGGUGAGCUCUUGUGAAGAAAGGGAGGGAGGAAGGGGGAGAGCGGGUUGUCCAGCUACUCUUCCUCCGGACACCAAUCGGGUUGCAGAACUUCACUGAAAGCUUUACUAAUAGAAUUGUUGUUCUGACAUUAUGUAAAAGUGGUAUUAAUAUUGUGUGACUUUUCAAAGAGCUAGUUAGAUUUAUAGAUAGGUAAUAGGGAUAUUGAAGAAAUGACUUCUCAAAGAAAAGAGCACUUGGAACAAAAGAAGUGGAAAACAAGGUGUGCUUUAUGGAAAACAAAUCUGAGGAAGGAAAUGAAACAGCUUGUGGGAGGCGAGGGAAGAUGAUACCUUUGGCGUUCCUUAGUGCUGCUGAGGCUCAGCCCCAGAACUGGAACAUACCCCCUCUGCCUUAUUUCAUCUCUCUACCAAACAGGACAUUGUCAAGUAGCUCAGACCAAAACACUGAUCUGUCUUAAAACUGUGUCGGUCUGCUGGGGGAUAUUCUCCGGCAGAGCUUUACAUAAUACCGUAAGAUACUUAAUUUAUCACGUUAGCUUCCCCUUCCCUCCCAAAAUUGUCUUAUCUGUUGUAGGCCCCACUUCAGGAUUCACACUGCCUUUGGGGAAUUCUGUGGCAGCAGCUGCAGAAGCCCUUUUCCCUGAAUGUCAUAACUUCGUGUGCGUUCCAAGCCGGCACGUUGCGGUGCUAUAAACCCCUGAGAUUAUUUAACAGUAGGAGUCCUAAGACCUUAGGGAAUGGCAUGCCAAGGGGCAACUCGUGGAGAUCGCACAACCCCCUUGAGAAACGAUUGAGGAACAAGAGCACCCGUGACAGUGUCCUGAGAACAAGGCAGUUGAGACAAAACCUUUAGUUCUUCCCCCAUUCACUCUCCAUGUGUCGGCCUCUGUGACCCCGGUGCUCCCUGCACCCGAGCGAGUCUGAGGGGAAAACGCAGAGAGAAAGGCUUGGAGCUCCGGGCCGCUCGCGGCGAGUUCCCGGGGAGCCGGGCCGCGCCUCCCCGCAGCGCGGGGAAGGGAAGGGAAGGCAGCGCUGCGGGGCAGGGCUGGAGCAGCUCCAGCCCCGAGUGCCCCCCAGUGCCCGGGCAGGAGCUCCUGCUGCGUCCCCGCCAUGCCGUUGUUCCAUUUCCUUCCUCUGUGGUAGUAUCUAAGGCUAGGUGUGAGUAGGUGUGGGGUGUUUAUCCGCCACAGGUACAGGAGCUGUCGUAUACCUCAUUUCUAACUCGUAACUGAGUAACUUGCUUUAACUUUCUCCAAACCCCACAGAGUUGCCAAGUCUGCCCUCCCUCCUUUGAUUAACACUGAACUCUGGCCUAUAGCACCCCGUGACCUGCAACCUGGGGAGUGACCCCCGAACGCCUCUGAAUGUCGCUGCUUAAAAGCUACUGCAAAGUGAGGGCAAAUUGCAAUCUUAUCUUAUUUCCUUUGGUUACAAGGGGUCCUCUUGAUUAGUCUGUGAAUAUCCACCCCCUCCCCUCCACUCUCCAUGGAAAAGGGCCACCCACGCUGCCUUUUCCCACCCCAGAGCCACGCUGAGCUCCAGGGCCAGGAGGCACUCUCAGCCCAGUGCUGCAUACAUGCCUACUCACUUUUUACCAUGACCAAAAAAACAAAAAAAAAAGGAAAAAAAAUAGAAAUCUCCAAAUACUUAAUUUUCUUCUUUAUUAUUUGACAAUCCUGUAUCCCUUCCCCACUCCCCAACCUGGCCAGAAGCUGCAUCCUUAACCCAGUCCAUCUUUAUUUGAAUGUAGUUCCCCUACCCCCAUGGGAAAGAGAAGCUUUGUCAGGUCACGGUGGCUGCUAUAAGUCGGGAGGGGGCGGUUUCUUUGUUUUGUUUUGUUCUUUUAAAAUUUCCAGCCAAAACCAAAGAUUUCCUAAUGAUUGUAUAAACUCAAAACAAACAAACAAACCAAAGACAAAGGGCGUCUUCAGCACCAAGCCCAUCUGUGAGGCUGGCCUGGCCUGGGGCUCCAGAACUGCCCGGGCAGCAUCUCCCGGCCCCAGGGUGAGAUCUGGGGCACAGGCUGGGAAGGGAGGCCACGGCUUCGCAGGUGGGUUGAGGAGCUGAAGACUUGGGUGCAGGAUUGGCUGCUCUGCUGGGUGCUUUAACCCUCUGGGGGCUGGGUGAUGUUGAUUAAUACACGCUGAGGUGCACUUCUGAGCUUCCCCCCCCUUCACUGCUUGGAAGAGGCUGUCCUGUUGUGAGAAAUCUCUGAAAGAAGAAGAAGCAGCUUUUCAUUUCUCCUCUAGUUCCUUUUUUCUAGAUUUCUUUUAUUUUUGCAGCACCACUGUGCAACUAUGCAUUGUAUUUCUCAACCUUUUAUGCUAGGUAGAUGCCUGUGACUUUUUAACUUUUGGGGGGGAUUGCAAAUGGAGGAACUUUUUACAUGGAUCUUUUUAAUCUCAGUUGAUUGGGGGGUGUUUGGUUCUAGGGUCAGACAAGCUCUAUCCCAAAGCAAAAUCCAAAUGUUAAUAUUAUUAGCCUGAUGCAGAUACCAAAGAUAAUUUCUUUCCUGCAGAACCUUAGACUUGUGUAUUAAGUACGAUUACCCAGCACUUGCAUUAGUCUAACCUCAGUAAUUCCAAAGCUUAGAUGUAUAUUUUGGUAUAUUUCUGGGAUAUUAAAAAAUUGUCGUUUAAAUUCUUGUUUGUUUCAGUGUAAUGCUCUUAAAGUCAUAGCAUGGAGAAAACUGAACUUGUCCUAUUCUUAGUAGUUUGAAAUAAUAGUAUUUUUGUAUGUUUUGGGUGUGUCUAUGUAUGUAUUAACAUAACGGUUUUCACUGCCUAGGUGUUCAUAAAUAAUAAUAAAAGAAAAACCAACUACAAAGGGUUUUUAAACUGUACAUAAUAUUCCGUGAGGAAUUUCCACCAGACCGCCAAUUUGGAUUGCAUUUUCACUGAUGGCCACUCCCAACUGGGAUUCUUUCUUUCUUUUUAAAGAGACAGCAUGUUCUUUUGUUUUCCCCACUGACCUGAGGUUCUUUCUCAGUGCAAAGGGGGUUUCACUGUUUUUAAGGGGUGGGCCAAAGAGGAAGUAGCUCAAAUUUUGUUUUAAAAACGUAUUUGCAGUGUUAGUUUGAAAACUACCCCUUUGUAUGAAGAAUUGGGAGUGGAAAACCAAGCCCUUUCUUCUAAAUCUGAUCAUAAUUUUCAAAAUGAGGAUUUGUGAAUGUUUGUAGUGUCUGGGCAGUGCUUUUUUUGCUUUGUUUUCUAAAUAAGACAAGUUUUUGGUCCUAAUGGUUUCACUGCUCUGUGCAACUGCCUGCUUACACUGGCUGGGAGGUUUUUUUUCCUUGGCCUUCCUCAUACACUGCAUUUAUACACUUGAGGUCAGCAGAACACUUGAAAUCAAGGGCCAUUGUGGGAGUACCCUACCCAAACGCAACCCAAGCUUUUCUGGAGACUGAAAUGUGAGAGUCCCACACAUUUCAAAACCUUGCUGAUCACACUAAGGGUGAGGAGGAAGGCGAAAUGCUGUCUCUUUAAAGAUGUCCUUUAUUAUUAUUAUAUUAUUAUUAUUAUUAUUUUCCCAGUGGUUGCCUACAGAUAGCUGUAGGCAUUGAGAGAUUGUGUAGAUUACAGUAAAUCAGAAUGAAAAGGUAGAUUUUGUGUAGAUGCAUUUGUCUGCUGUAAUUUUUUAUAUAUAUUAAACUUACUGUAAUUGUACAGUUCAUUUCUGUUGUAAACAUCAUUAAACCAUUUUCCAAGUGUUUUAACAUG